CAACCUGAUCUGCUGCCACAGCCUUGGAAGGAGUCCGGGUCUCCUGGGAGCCUCUGCAGACUGCUGGAAGAGCAGAGGUUUCCUUCCCCAGCCCCAGACACUGCCCUGGACACUGAGCCUGGCACAGAGGUGCAGCCAUGGUGUCCAGAAAGCAGCUGGCAGACUUUGGCUACAAGGCGUUCUCGGGCUCCAUGAUGCUGCUGACGGUGUACGCCGGGUACCUGUGCAGUGUCCGUGUGCAGAGGAUGCUCCAGCACCGCCGUGAGAGGGAGAACACGCCCGGCCCUGAGAGCUGAGCCUGUGCUGGGACCAGCCCUGGGAGCUGGGACCGGCCCUGGGAGCUGGAAUCAGCCCUAGGAGCUGAGCCAACACUGGACCAGCCCCACCUUCCCAGUCCCCCCCAGGUUGGGGGAAGCCGAUGGAGAACAAUAAAACCUGUGUGAAAGUUG